AUGACAGAUCAUCUCCCUGACUCGUUCUACCAACCCUUCCUCUCCGAUGCGGCCAAGAUACGCAAACCGAGCCCUAUCCAUGUCCUCGUUCCGCUCGAAAGCACGCCAGGCGUCAUUUCGCUCAUGGCGGGAAAACCCAACGGAGACAUGUUCCCCUUCAGGUCUUUCAAGUUCACCAUCGCUCCCACGACGCUUCCUAACUACGCCGAGAGUCUCGUGAGCGGCGCUCCGCUUCCUGGUGAGGAGGUCGAGGUCGAGUUGUCGGGAGACACGCUGCGGGAUGGGCUGCAAUACGGGCCAACGGAGGGGUUGCCGAAGUUGCAUGAGUGGUACUACGGGUUGCAGGAGCGGUACCAUGGGCGUAAGCGAGACGAGAGCUGGAUUUUGACGCUUGGGAGUGGGUCGCAGGAUCUCAUAUUCAAGGCGGCAAACUCAGUACUCAACCCGGGUGACGUUGUGCUCAUCGAGGCUCCUGCCUAUGGUGGGGUGAUUCCUAUCUUUCAAAACUUGCAGUGCGAAUUUGUUGAAAUCCCCAUGGACGCACACGGCCUUCGCUCUCAAGACUUACGCGAGGUGCUGAAUUCGUGGCCUUCUGACAAGCCUAAGCCUAAGAUCCUCUACACUGUACCUUACGGUAGCAACCCAGGUGGCUUUACGACCUCUGAAGACCGUAAAAAAGAGGUCAUAGAGCUAGCGAGAGAACACAAUUUCCUCAUCUUUGAGGACGACCCGUACUUCUACCUUUAUUUUGGCGAUGCGCCCCGCCCGGCAUCGUACUUCAGCCUUGAACAGCACAUGCCCACCAAGGACGGUAGCCCCCGUGUUGGCCGUGUUCUUCGGUUCGACAGCAUGUCGAAAGUUGCCUCUGGUGGCCUCCGGCUCGGUAUCGCAUCGGGCCCUGCGCCUUUGGUGAAAGCAAUCAACUCCCAUACCUCGAGCUCUAGCUUGCAGAGCUUCCACCUCGGGCAAGCCAUCAUGAUCGCUUUGUUUGAAAAGUGGGGUUACGAGGGCUUCGAUGCGCAUAUCCGGUCCGUGUCGACGUUCUAUCGCGCGAAACGGGACAUAUUCCAAAAGGUGAUGAAAGAGUGCAUGAGCGGGCUCGCGGAGUGGACACCUCCCGAGGCGGGAAUGUUCUUCUGGUUCAAGCUUCUCCUCAAUCCAAACGCGAACGCGGGAGACGACGACGGAGAUUCAUCUGACCUUAUCAGCAACAAGGCGUUCAAAAAUGGCGUGCUUGCGCUGCCCGGGGCGAUGUUCUAUCCCAACGGACGCAAGUCUGCACAUGUCCGUGCGGCGUUCAGUCUUCUCAGCGAGGAGCAGGUGCGGGAGGCGUUGAGAAGGCUUAGAGAGACGGUGCUCAAGGAGAGAGAAGGUGUUUAG